AUGCUCCUCCGUCCAGUCAAGGAGCUCGUCAUCACCGGUUGUCGACUCGCACCAGUCGUCCGUCUCUCGCUGCUCCUCCGUCGCGCUCCUCCGUCCUCGCUGCACCUCCGUCGUCGCUGCUCCUCCGUCCUCAUUGAUCCUCCAUCGUCGCUGCUCCUCCGUCCGGUCAAGGAGCUCGUGGUCACCGACUCACCGGUCGUCCAGGCACACCGACUCAGCCUAUCUAAUACUGCUCGUCUCCUUCCCAAAACUUUCGCCAGCCACCGAGCAUCCGCCGACCUUCUCAGCCACGCGAAGAUCUCACGGUCGGCCACAUCAUCAAGAGUUUACUUUAGAUUUUUGUGUUCAUCAGUUUUAUGUUUGGUUUUGUAUUUAUCGAAUUUAGCCGGUAAAUUGCUGUACUUGCCGGAAUUAUCCGAGCUCAUCGGCGUCGGUGAGUUUCUUCGUGGGCGGCCGAAUUUCGGCCUCCAAACGCUCGAGGUCGGAUGUGCACGGCGAGCCCCGUCGUCACUCUCCAGAACUGCGUCGGUCGCCUCUGCCUCGUCUACCGCCCGCUCCGGCGGCCGCGUCCCCCAAUCGCUGGAGGAAUUCCUCACCGGCGGUGACUACGCUUUCGUCGGCGUCGGGGUGCAGCAGGACUUCGACCGGAUCGACGCUGACUACGGUAUCGAGGGGCGGCAACCACAGUGCGAUGGGGCGACUGGGCGGCGUUAA